UGUAACCGCUCAGUUAAACUGCACUGCCGCAAGUUUUGAUUUCAGUUUGUAUUUCAAUUUGGAUUCAAGAAGUUGUGUGGCUAGAUAGUCUGUCUUCGAAAACAUGGCGUUUGUAUGUGGGUACGAUCCUGGCGAGUUGAUUUAUACCGGAAAGCCUUAUCUUUUUACUCUGCGGGAAAAUACGGACUUGUGUUCAACCUCUUUAAAGGAGUCUUCAUUAACACCUUGCAGGAAUUGUUCUUAUGUGAAGUAUUGCAGCACGGAGUGCAAAAACGAAGCACAGGAUGACCAUAAACUUGAGUGUGCUCGCCUAAAGAAUUUGGAGAAUGUCCCUAAGAUAUUGCGGCCAGCAAUACGCUUGUUCGGACUGUUGAUAUUGAAAAUCAAGGGUAAAAACUGGAAUUAUAUUUCUCAAAAAGUGUGUGGAAAGGAAGUUACUUUUGCUAGUCUCACACUGCGUUCAGAAGAAAUAAGAAAGGAUCCUCGCAAAUUGCUCUACUUGAAAGAAAUGUAUGCUCGUUUACGGGAAUAUAUUGGUGCCAUAAAUAUGCCGGAGCAAGAAGUCGUCUGGCAAAUAAUUGAGAAAGUACAGUAUAAUCAACUUAUCUUCAACAGUACUGUUAGCCGCAGUGCAGGCCGGAGUAACAUAGAUGCUGUAUUUUUAUGUGCCUCAGAACUGGAGCAUUCUUGUAUUCCAAAUGCUGAAUUUGAAAUAGUGAAAGGAAGUAUUGUUGUUCGAGCAAUUAAAACUAUUCGUAGACGUGAAAAGGUUUUUGUGUCUUACAUUCCAGCUAUAUUGCAUCCUGACUCUCAUUUGGCUGAAAGUGCUCUUCAAACUUUUGUUAGCCAUUGUCAAUGUGAGGAUUGUUCAAAGCCUUAUGGUACAUCAGUACUGUCCAAAGUAUUGGAUGAAUGUAAGGCCUCCUCUGUUGAAAAUUCUUCUAAACACAUACUAAAUAUUGCUGCUGUUUUUGAAAAAGUUGGUCUUCCACUAACUCUUAAAGAUGGUACAAAUCAUGUUCUGAGAUGUCAAGAAGGAGUGUUAGGAAGUACACAUAUUCUCCGAAUCAAAGUUUUAGCUUUAAAAGUCGUAUUCCUUUCUAACAGCUCUUUGGAAGCAAGAAGUGACUUGCGAGCCCUACUUGAAUGUAUGGAAGAAGCCUUUGGUGAAUAUCACAGAGAAGUUAGACUGCUGUAUUUCUUACUCUUAAAAUGUAAUAUGGAUCUACUAGAUAUUUUGGAAGCUUUUCUGAUUAAGGCAAAGAUAGCAGAGUUUGAAGAGAUGGGAUUUGAAUCACUUUUUUCAUAAUGUACUUCCAAUGACGUUUGGUAGUCUGGUUUUUGAAAUCAAAAUGGAACAUGAUUUUUACUUUGGCAAAGGUGAAAAAAGAAAUGUAAUAUAACUUCAUUUUACAUUGUGAACUGUGUGAACAUUUUUCUUUGUUUAUAAUUGGUCUCUUUAACACGCAGAAAAACAAGUUUCAGUUUGAAACUUGAAAAUUUCAUUUCUUUUUUUUUUCAUCUAUUUUUCAUCUAUGACCUUUUUAACAUGUAACAGAGACAAGUUAUGUUUUCUUUUGUUUAAAAUUGUUAUAUCUUUUUAUUAUUUCAAAAUAUUGUUUGUUGAUAGCUAAUAUAUGUAUCAAAGACAAGUUACA